AUGAAUCUUGGAAUUGACGAAAGAAUGUUCUAUCGACUGUUCCUGGCGAUUUUGCUUUUCCAUCUGCAAGUAGACGGAAAUUAUUUUGGGACUAAUUCUAGGAAAGACGAUCAAUGCUUCUGCAAGUUGAAAGGAUCUGUAGAUGACUGUACUUGCAAUGUUGAUACUGUGGACUAUUUCAAUAAUAUGAGAAUAUAUCCAAGAAUUCAAAGUCUUCUAGUCAGAGAUUAUUUUAGAUUUUAUAAAGUAAACUUAAAACAGGAUUGUCCAUUCUGGGCCGACGAUAGCAAAUGUGCUAUACGUUACUGUCACGUGCUACCCUGUCAAGAUGAUGAUAUUCCUGAAGGUUUAAAGGGAGAUAUUCCAAGAGAUAUUCAUCUUUAUGAAAAUCCAGUAGAUAAAUACAGAGCCGAUGCACAGAUUAAUGACUGCAGGCACAGUGCAAAAGAUUAUAAUAUAGAACUUGGUUAUUUGAACACAACAAUUAGUUCAGAGAAUUACAAAGAAUUUGAACGAUGGCAACAGCAUGAUGAUGCUCAAGAUAAUUUCUGUGUAAAAGAAUCUAGUCCUGGAGAAUAUGUGGAUCUUUUACUUAAUCCUGAAAGAUAUACAGGAUACAAAGGAGCCAGUGCACAUAGAAUUUGGCGAUGUAUUUAUUUAGAAAAUUGUUUUAGGCCUGAAAAUUCACCUCACAUUUUUAUACAAUCUUCUAAGAUAAAUGGAAUGUGUUUGGAAAAACGAGUUUUUUAUCGAGUUAUAUCCGGUUUACACGCCAGUAUCAACAUACAUUUGUGUUCAAAAUAUUUGUUGGUUCUGCAAGAUAGUUUACAAGUAUCACCUGAAAAUCAAUGGGGUCCUAAUUUGAAUGAGUUACAAAGAAGAUUUUCUCCUGAAACAACAGGUGGCGAAGGUCCAAAUUGGCUAAAGAAUCUAUAUUUUACGUAUUUACUUCAGUUGAGAGCUCUAGCCAAAGCUGCACCUUAUUUAGUAAGAGAAGAAUACUAUACAGGUAAUGAAGUGGAGGAUGAGGAUACAAGAUUGGCUAUGAACGACAUACUGAACGUUGUUAGAUCAUUCCCGGUACAUUUUAACGAAUCAGUUAUGUUUACCGGUGGAGCAGAGGCACAAGUGUUGAAAGAAGAAUUUAGACAACAUUUUAUAAAUAUCUCACGUAUUAUGGAUUGCGUAGGAUGUGACAAAUGUAAGCUAUGGGGCAAAUUGCAAAUCCAUGGACUGGGCACUGCGUUAAAGAUAUUAUUCUCUGGAAAAUUUGAUAAAUGGGAAUCAACGCUUAAUAAUCUUAAUCGAAAGUCAUUCUUUUUGGAAAGGAGUGAAAUUGUUGCUUUGGUGAAUGCUUUCGGAAGGUUAUCAGAAAGUAUAUUUGAAUUAGACAGAUUUCGCAGGAUGAUGAGAUAACGUAUUAUCUAUUUGUAAUUAGAGAUUCUUCGUACCACUACGAAACAUCACAUAAAUGCAUCACAUUGCUUAGAUUUUCUAAGUAACCUUUUAAGUACUUUCCUUAUUUGUAGAU